UCGGAUCACUAACAGACACCCAACAUAAAGGAGCAAGUUGUCUCACAAGAACAGUUUGGUUUUUGAAAAGAAAAUCACAUAUCAAACGUUACCCUUCAAAACUUGCCACUUUUUCGUCGCAAGUCCACGAUUCGUCCCUUUGGAUUUCCUUUUUUUUCGACAAUGUCACUAGGGGCGAUAAGAUCUGCCGUGAAAAAUGUCUUUCUAUGCAUUGCUUCAUACUUCAUCGGUUGCCUUUACGCCUUAUUGGUUUUCAUUUUUUACCUAAUGGGUAAACCACGACCACGAUUUGGGAAAGCCUAUCUCGAGAAAUCUCCUCCCUACACAUUAAGGUUGAACGAUAGCGCCCUUACCCUGCCUCUAGGAUCUGCUUCAGACCCUGAACAUCGCAAACACACAACUCAUUCACAAGAUCAAUGUUUACUUUUGACGAAGCUGCCUGUAGAACCGCGAAAAUCAAUUUGGGAACUAUGUCUUGGUGGAAGAAGAUUGCGUUUCUCGCCUCUCGGAGGCCCCGGUGAAUUGACUCAGCUAUUAUGCCACGAAGAGCCAAACCAACAAGGCUCCUCUUCGCAUUCGCUGCCAUCGGAGCUUCCCGCCAAUGAUAACCAAAAUAUGACAGGCGCUCAUCCGGGGCAAAACCCUAAAGUUUUCCCCUUAGUCUUGACUUGCCGCAAGAUGUUAGUCCUACCCGAAUGAAGAAGUAUUGUGAGCCCUGCUAAAUUUAUAUCAGAUACUCAGAGGCAAUCAACUGCCUCUAUUCAAGCAACGAUUUUCAUAUAAGUGCUUGUUACCUUGGGGGCCUGCCAAGUCUUCUUCUCCCUCAACGCUUCAAUGCCAUCCGUUCCAUGACUAUCGAUUGGGGAUUUCCAUAUGGCUCGCCCAUUCCUCCGGGCUUGGAAGGCUUCUCCCAUCAAACCUGGGGAUUUUGGGUAAAUUCAUGGAAGAUAUUAGCUGGCAUGAAGGGUCUUUCGGUGCUUGAUGUUAAGCUCAGUAGCGACGUGUUCUUCAACAGCUAUCAGUGGACGCGUCUUCAGGAAGAGGAAAAGACCUUAGUUUUGCAGCCUAUAAGAGAGGUGACUAAGCCUAAAAAGUUUCGUUUAUUGCUUCCUUUUAGCCUAGAUUUGUAUGAUUCCCCAUUGACGACUUUGCCCUGUGCUAUCUCAUUUGGUAAGUGGGACCGUAGCUCGGGGUAUUUCUGAUGUUCUUGUACCAAAAAUUAUCAUUUCUUUAACUUUUGAGAUCCCUGUUAAGAAUUUAUUGUAUGGAACAAUUUUUUUUUAAAUCUUUAGAUGUAAACUUAAAAAAAAUUAUUUUUAAAUAUUUUAUUUUUUAUACUUAUUAAGGUUAAUAAUUCAAUUUGAAAAAAAAAAGUUUUUGAAAACGAUAUUUAUUUCACGCUCCCGAUUGUCGUCCACAUUAUCUAGUUAUAUCUAUAUUCUAUUUGAAUUGGCCUUGUACAGCGUAUCUUAAAAACGACGGGCAAAGUGUGAUCUGCCGAUACGCGCCUUCUGGGUGAACAGUCCACACACAGCCCAGAACACAAUCAGUUUGUCCGAUAUUUUGGCAGCCUGCUGGACAUCUACUUUAAUUAGAAUGUUUCAAUUUAGUUAAAAAAGUACAUGUACCAUGUGUUUGUCAUAUACAUCAAAUGCCCUGCGGCGGGCUUGGGUAAAGGCCUAUUGACAGUGCAAUAUAACCUCUUUAAACUGCCGAGUGGUAGGUCAAUCAGUGGAAGUCUUGGAUGGGGAAAGCACGAGAAGUGGGGAUCAAGUGAGAUGUUCAACUACGAUAUCAUCUCCUUCUGAGAAUACCGAGUGACGAAUCAGUCCUUCAUGUCUUUGAA